AUGAGCUCGCUGAAGAAGGAGUCGAAUAGGCCUAAGAAGCGGACUCUGGUUCGUUGGGACUCCGAAUUAGACGAGCUACUUCUCCUGACAAUACAGUCUGUCUGUAACGCAAAAAAUGUAAAGAUUCCCUGGGCAGAUGUUGCGUCCACCAUGGGCCACAACGUCACGGAAGGAGCAAUAGUCCAGCAUUUAUCUAAACUCCGCAUUCGCCGGAUCGAUGCUGGUAAACCCGUCCCUCCGCCACUUCGACGGGGCGGCCUCGGGGCUCCGAACAAAUCUUCAAACGCGUCGGCAACAUACUCUAGCGGAGGAGGUCGGCGCAGGAUGCGCAAGGCACGGGAGUCUGACAGCGCGGCAGAUCCAUCUGAUCUUGCACAAGAUACUGAUAUUUCGUCUGAUGAAGAGUACGUGGUUAGACGUCGCUCAAAGGCUCAGAGAGAUGCUGCACAGAGCAAAAGCUCGAGAGUCCAAAGCAAGGAAGACCACCAAGUCCAGCCGCAGUCCGCAAGUGACCAGGACGCUGAUGGCAGUCCGAUUGGCUCCGAAGACUUAGUGGUUUCUGGUGCCCAGUUUCUUAAGUAUCCCAAUCACAGGGGGCUCGGAAUCCGGAGCAAGGUAGUUGUUCUGAGAUACAGGCGUGGAACACAGCCUAAAAGCGAAAAGCCUGUCAAAGUCGAGAGUCCAGAACAUACUACGGUCAGCGCUUUCGAUCCUCACAAUCAGAGUCUACUUGACCAGCAAUUGUAUCAGGAUCUUCAUGGCGCAGACAAUUCAAAUGCCAUGGGUGCGGCAGAUACUCACAUCAUGGGUGGGAAUUAUUUGGCCGCAGAUCACUCCAACAUGGGCAUAUCGUCCAUCCGAAAUUCAAACUCCAAUUUUCUGGAUUUUACUUCUAGCCAGGGUCUGCAUAUGAAUGCUUAUCAGAACUUUUAUCCCAGUUCACAGAACGAGCAGCUCGGCUUUGUUCCGAACACCUUGAAUGAUCUGAAUCCCCAUCAGAGUGAGCAAAUGGGCAUUGCUCCAGGGGAGCAAUGCAUGUAUUUUGACGACAUUUUUCAGUACAUACAUGGCAAUGAUGGGCAUAAAGACAAUAAUGGGGCCAACUUUGCAGUUCCGGGGACCAUGGAUCCCUUUUUCUGAUUCUUCCUGACAGAAUCAUAUGGCUCAGUGUCAACUUUCAAUGACCUUGGAUACCCAAGCUCAAUACUUAUGUGGCCUCGCUACGAUUUAGCAUUUCGUUUGAAUUUUUUUCUCUUACCAACUGAGCUUUCUGGAAGGUCAGCCUCGUUGAGGAUGCAUAAUAAUUGGGCAAAGCCGGGAAUCGUGGUUCAGGAAUUCUUCUGGCUUUUUCAUGAUCUUCGCUCUUUGGAAUGACUUUGUCAGCAUCUGCUUAUUCUGCAUCAUACCCGACUAGAUUCUGUUUUUGCUUCUUGCGUAUUUUUGUUGCUUUGCAGUGCUUUAGCUUUCGUUUCGUUGCAAUUGCUUCUAUCAAUCAGCUCUCGGUCUUUCACAGCAUGGAACAGGGAGAUUGGAUAUCUUCUAGCCUUAACGAACAUAUCACCUCAAUUUCUAC